UUUUUUAGUUCAUAUUUUAUUUUGCUUAUAGAAGAGAAAGAUAUCCCUUCCGAAGAAGGGGAAAGCUUAUAAAAGUUUGUAACUUUCCAAAAAGUGAAAAAUUCCAGGCUUGCCUGAUUCCUCCCCAUCGGGACUUCCUUCUCUUGUCUGUGGGAGACUCAAAUGACUUGCUUUUCCCAUUCCUCCUCAAUCAGAAAUGUCUUUGGAGUCCGUGUCAUUGGGACUUGAGAAUCAGGGAGAAAUUGCUGGAACCUUUCACAUCAGUGGCUGCUGAAGUAGAAGAUUCUGAAAAAAACCCUUCCCUUGGAGACACAGGCUGAAGCCUGAAGGAUUUUUAAGAUGACCAAGGUACCAGCCACCAAGAAGCUGCAGAGUUCCCCCAACGCAAGGGCUGUCAGGAGCUUUCGUGCCCCAGAGAAUCUAAUGCUGCAGGUACCUGACAAACCAAUGAAGAACAUCAAGUAUAUGGACAAGGAAAUAGCAGACCUCAAAAAAGACUUUAUACGAAGCCGCUUCUUGAUCAAGUCGGUGAAAGUAGGCCGUGGAUAUUUUACCAUUCUGAGGGAGGAGAGUGCCAUGAAAAAGAGGCAACAACAGCUUGAAAAACUGCAAGAGGAAGAAAGAAAUAAAUUCCAGCCAGCCAAAAAGAUCUCGACAAUCCACUAUGGGGAUACCUUGCUGAGCACAUAUGACACUGAGAAGUUUAAGAAGUUGGGGGCUGGAGCCGUACUUCACCCGUUCGCUCCCGUCCACCACAGCUGCAUCGUUUCUCCCUCCCUCCCCGAGGCUCACGUUGAGCACCUCUUCCGCCAGCUCUGUGCCCUCCACUGGCUCCUGGAGGCCCUGACGAUCGACCACACCCACCACACCAUGAAGCCCUUGAUCACCUGCUGGAAUCCAAAGGACCCUGGUGGAAGCAAGAGCAUAAUAAAAAAAAUCCAUAAGGACAAGGCCAUAGGACAGAGGUGGGAGCAUUUCAUCACGGCGCCAAAGACCAAGAAAUUAAAAAUUCCUACAAUGCGAGUCACCAGCCGCAAGCCAAGCCGGCGCGGCUCCACGCUCAGUCUGAGUCGGACCAGUGGGGGAUCAUCCCCCCAGAGUAGCAUGAUCUCCGUGAACCCUGGCUCAGAUGAGCCCCAGAGUGUGAUCACCCAGGUGACUGGCAGCAAGGACAUCGAGGACAAUGAAUCGUCUUCAACCAAGCCUGAAGAAGAACCUAUCCAUAUCUAUCUGCUGAAGCUCCUGGAGCUCGUUUGGGAAGAUGCCCGGAGGACAAUCAUGCUAGAGACUGGGAUCCAAAGAAAAACACCCAGCAUCUUGUCAGUGCUCAAACAAAACAAGAGCGAGUCUGCCUAUAAGGACAUGCAGACCACCCACAAAUCAAGUGACAGAUCCAGCAGUACAAGUGGAGAAAGCCACACCCAGACAGUCCAGAAGAAGUCAAAAAACCGCAAUAAUCGUGACUUCAUCCUCUGCAAGACUGGGGUGUGUAACACCAUGAGGGCCAAGUUUUACAGCGUGGCCCAGGAGGCCAGCUUCUGCCUGCAGGACAGGAUGGAAAUCUUCAAGAAGCGCCAAGAAGAGAGAAGUCUCCAGAAGUUACACUCUUUUGUCCUUGUCUCGAAUUUUCGAAGGGAUAUAGCAAAAAUGAGACGUCAAAUACCUGUUGUAAAAGUAGAUGCACAAGAAAUUGCAGAGCACUGGUACUUUGAUCUGCUGUCCAAACUGCCGGAGGAUCUAAAGAGCUUCCGCCCCGCCAAAAAGAUCCUGGUGAAACUGCAGAAGUUUGGGGGAAACCUGGACCUAAGGAUCCGACCCCACGUGCUCCUGAAGGUGCUACAGGAUCUGAGGACGUGGGAGCUCUGUUCCCCGGACAUCGCUGUGGCCAUCGAGUUUGUGCGAGAACACAUCAUCCAUAUGCCUCAAGAGGAUUACCUGAGCUGGCUGCAGAACCGGAUCAACAUCCCCAUCCGGCCCUACACCAUACUGACGUAGUCUGGGCCCGGGUGGACCAGCUGUCCCCGUGGAGGAGGACUAGACCGCGCCGUGUUCCUGCUCCCUGCCUGUGGCCACGGAUGCAGUUUAUGAUCCAGCAGGGUCGUCUGGAGACUGACUCCUCGUUAUAUUUUAAAGGGAGGUAUUCUCAGGUGGCCGUCCCCCCAAUUCCACACCCAGCCCCAACUUCCCAGUCUCUGUGCUUCAUGCCAGAUUCCUUCACCCUCUUCAUCUUCCUCAA